CCCUCCCCCCUUCUCUCGCGAGAGGUGAGCGAUCCUGGCUGGACGGGAGGAAAGUAUCUGCUCCGCUGAGGGGGGGAAAGGAGGAGCUGGAGACAGACUGUGGGGCAGAGCGCGGGCGGGCAGUAGGCGACGGAGCUACCAGCGGCUCCGCUCUGGUAUAUGAAAUAUGGGAGACGACAGACCGUUUGUGUGCAAUGCCCCAGGCUGUGGACAGAGAUUUACAAACGAGGACCACCUGGCAGUUCAUAAACACAAGCAUGAGAUGACAUUGAAAUUUGGCCCAGCCCGAACUGACUCAGUCAUCAUUGCAGAUCAAACUCCUACUCCGACUAGAUUCCUCAAGAACUGUGAGGAGGUGGGGCUCUUCAAUGAACUAGCGAGCUCCUUUGAGCAUGAAUUCAAGAAGGCUGCAGAUGAAGAUGAGAAAAAGGGAGCUGCUGGGCCCCUGGACAUGUCUCUGCCUUCCACCCCAGACAUUAAGAUCAAAGAAGAGGAGCCAGUGGAAGUAGACUCAUCUCCACCUGACAGUCCUGCCUCCAGCCCCUGCUCCCCACCACUGAAGGAGAAGGAGGUUGCCCCAAAGCCUGUUGUGAUUUCCACUCCGACACCCACCAUCAUACGUCCUGGCUCCCUGCCUCUCCACUUAGGCUAUGAUCCACUUCAUCCAACCCUUCCCUCCCCAACCUCUGUCAUCACACAGGCUCCACCAUCUAACAGGCAAAUGGGGUCUCCCACUGGCUCCCUCCCUCUCGUCAUGCAUCUUGCUAAUGGACAGACCAUGCCUAUGCUGCCAGGGCCUCCGGUACAGAUGCCUUCUGUUAUAUCGCUGGCCAGACCUGUGUCCAUGGUACCCAACAUUCCUGGUAUCCCUGGCCCACCAGUGAACAGCAGUGGUUCAAUUUCUCCCUCUGGCCACCCCGUGCCAUCAGAAGCCAAGAUGAGACUGAAAGCUUCCCUCUCCCACCAAGUCUCCUCAAUCAAUGGUGGUUGUGGAAUGGUGGUGGGCACUGCCAGCACUAUGGUAACAGCCCGUCCAGAGCAAAGCCAGAUCCUCAUCCAACACCCUGAUGCUCCAUCUCCUGCCCAGCCACAGGUCUCUCCAGCCCAGCCCACCCCCAGUACUGGGGGACGCCGGCGGCGCACAGUGGAUGAAGAUCCAGAUGAGCGUCGGCAACGCUUUCUGGAGCGGAACCGCGCUGCAGCCUCCCGGUGCCGCCAAAAGCGGAAAUUGUGGGUGUCUUCACUAGAGAAAAAAGCAGAGGAACUCACUUCCCAGAACAUUCAGCUGAGUAAUGAAGUGACAUUACUACGCAACGAGGUGGCUCAGUUGAAACAGCUACUGUUAGCUCAUAAAGACUGCCCAGUCACUGCCCUACAGAAAAAGACUAAAGGCUAUUUAGAGAGCCCCAAGGAAAGCUCAGAGCCAACGGGUUCUCCAGCUCCUGUGAUUCAGCAUAGCUCAGCAACAGCCCCUAGCAAUGGCCUCAGUGUUCGAUCUGCAGCUGAAGCUGUGGCCACCUCGGUCCUCACUCAGAUGGCCAGCCAAAGGACAGAACUGAGCAUGCCCAUGCAGCCGCAUGUGAUCAUGACCCCACAGUCCCAGUCUGCGGGCAGAUGAUGCCUCCCCUGGUGGAGAGGUCCCAGCCAGAGCUCGCCCACCCAAGAGCCAAGAGAGAUGUCAUCCUAUCCCCUCCCAUCUGCCUUGGACAUGGCAACACGGGGGGCAAAAUUGUGUGUUGUGAGUAUGGACAGACAUGGGGCUUUUCUCUUAGCCACACAGUCAUGUAUGCUUGAUACGUGUACUCGGGGUCUCCAGCUCCAGAGCCACAUAGAUCAUCCCCCAAGGGUGGGGUUGCUGAUGUACCACAGCCAAAGGCCUACCCAGAUUGUCCGAGCAAUCACCCAUGCCCCAUGCACGUGUAUCUGUCUCUUUUAACACUAACCCUUGCACUUCUAGGUUUGGGGUUUCUCAGUUUCUUCUCAUAAGCUGUGGCUGUUACCUUCCUGUUCCUUACCAGCAUGCCACUUCCUGCUACGCAGAGGAAGGCUCCAUUUGAUGGCAGAUCACCCUCUCUCCUAUCCAUCCCUACCCCCCCUACCAUGGACUCAGGACAUUGUCUCCCAGUAGCUACUAAUUUAUCCCUUUUUCCCCUUUCCAAAUUCUACUUAAAACAUUCACUUAUAGAGAAUAUAAGGUUACUUUUGAUGUAUGAAAUAGCAGUAUUUUUCUAGCUCUUCCAUAAGCUCUAUUCCUUCUCCCUACGUGCCACUGGGGGGAGAAAAAAAAAAGGCAAAGCAAAAAGAAACAAGGAAAACCCCAAAUUCUAGUCCUUUUUCCAUCUAUUUCCAGAGCUAUAUGGGUACCUCAUUUUGUUUCUUGACUUGACUUUCCCUGGUCUAGUGGUGAGGUUUUUUCCCCAUCUCCACUAAGCCUUGGUAACCUCAUUUUGUGGCCUUAUUGUUAAAUAUUACUUGGCAGUGAAAAGGGAAUUAGGCAGGGAUCUGACUAGUGAUUCCUUCCCCCUCCGUCCUUCUUUAUGUGUAAUCAUCAGGGCAGACAGGAACAAUAAAUAGCCUUUUGUUCCAUCAGGUUACUGGAUUAAAAGAUCCUUUUGUUUCAUAAGAGUUUAAUGGCCAAAGUUAGGCAUAUUGUCAUCUCUGGUCAUCUUUGUGCUACUGCCUCUCUCUUCGUCCCUGUCCACAUUACUCUUCUGUGGAGAUGUGGAGAUGCCUCUCUCCAUCUACUAUAACUAGUUCAGUCAGCCUUCCUAGAGACUGUCACAUGGGGUGCUUUCACAUUCUUUUGCUAUUCCUCCACCUCUCAGCCUCACGUGUCUUUUCUGAGCCAUAUCCUGUAUUCACCAGUGGGCAUCACCUCUAGACUACUUUCUCCCUCUUACUAGUUUCCUCGUCUAUCUACUAGGUCUUCCUGCCCCUACCCAGUUCCUUCAACUCAUUUCUCUUCUCUGCUCCCAAAAUGCAAUAUGUACUUCUCCCUAAUUCAAGCUCCAAUACUAAAGCAUAGUGGCCAAGGUUCUGAGCAGUUUUUCUUGAGUGUAAGACCAGGUGAAAGGAGGGGAGGGAGAGCAAAGGUGCAGUACUAAUCUCAACAGGGAAGCCCAAGGCUGGCCUGUUUAGGAAAUUGUAGACUGUGGCUCUCAGCCGUUCUUACUUUAGAGUUGGGUUUCAGGGGGAAAAAACUCAUUCCCCUUGUUCCUCUUUCUUCCCCAUUGGGAUGUCUCAUCUUCCCUUGGCUCUGACUAUGCAGUUUUUACCAGGGCAAAAGGAAGCAAUCCAACACCAGAGGCCUGUGGAUAGAUAAGUCUGCUUUAAUAACCCCUCAGUAUGAAGCCCUUCCAAUUGUCCCAGGGCCACCUGCUGCCAUCUGCCAAAGUCAAGAAUGUCCUUUUCUCCAUCUCUCCUGCCUCCCUCUUAAACAUACAUACGAAAUAAUUGCCAGCUUCCUUUCUUAUUUUGACUUCCAAAAUUGGUUGUCAUGGGGGAAUGAGAAAAUGUUGUAAGCCACAAGAUUCCCAUCUCCUUAGAAUGAUGUACUGGAGAGCCAGUCAGGUGAUGCGUUCUGCUGCAUGUUUUAAAUUUCCCCUCCUGCUCUUCAAGAGCUGGUGCUGAACAAGCCAUACCUGGUGAAGACAAAGAACAGAAAACAUGGUUUUCUUGUCCCCUACCACCAGGGACCCAACAGGAACAGCCCUGAGCUGAUCUGACUAGCAAAUGGCAUGGCAGAUGGUCAGGAUGCAGUUUGCACCACCAGGGACUUCGCUUGCCUUGAAACAGUCACAGCCAGAACUUGUGCUCAAGACUUCUCCUUCAGAUGGUUGCUCCCAGGGAUUUUUUUUUCCUGUUUCUGAGUCUUGUUUCAUUUCUUAUAGUCCUGAUUUCCCACUAGCAGCCUUGCCCUCCAGCAUGACUAAGUUUAUGGCUCCUAAGGAGCCUUCUUCAUUAGACCCUUGACUAUUUUUCUUCCCCCUUUAGUCAAGUGUUUUUAAAAUUAAUCAGUUUGUCACCACACAUACCCUGCCAGUCUCUUCCUGUGUUGGACGGCUAAUCUUUGUAGAGGUAUUUUUUAAGUUUCUUAGCCCCCAUAUGUAAUUCUCUUGAGUUUCUAACUGCCUUUUUAUCAGAGGGAGGUUAGUAUUGGAUUUAAAUGAGAGCCAUCUAGAACCGUAACAAUAAAGCAGCACUGAAAUGAGGAUGGUGCAAGACAACCCCAGGGGGCUCUGUAGGUGGUCUUGGGUCUCACUGAGAAGGCACCACAGUUGCUCACUCUGAAGCCUCACUUUUGAUUAAGGAGAACAUCACUUACUUUGUUAUUGCUGCCAGCCACAUGGUCACACUCCUCUGAUCUUUGCCUUCCCCACUUAGCUGAACUAGAACCACAUAUUGUACAGGGUGUCAUUUAGUCCUUCUCAAGGACUGUGGCUUUCCUAGGGUUUAAGGGAGGACCCUUUUAGAAAGGAGCUGAGUGUGGCUAUCUUGGGACUCUUCCAAAGUGAACACAGGACUCAGGCCCCCACCUCACUACAGGCCAGGGAGAAAGGAGUGAGAAGCCAGGUCUUCUGGUCUGUACACCUAUCGCCCCGUUCCCUUAAGAGAAAGCUUUCGUAGACUUGAAAAGGCUGAGAAAGCCUCCCAUACAACUAGGGAGGACUAGAAAGACUAUAGCUCCUUUACUCAUUCUUUCCUGUUGAACACCCCAAAUCCAGCUUCCUUCCAUCUCUACUACUCUCCUUGGCCUUAAGCACUAGACCAUAUAGUACAGGGAUUUGUUAAAAAGGAGCUGGGCAAACUCAACCUCAUCUUGAUGCCUGCCUUCCUUAUCCCUGUUGUGUGGCUCUCAGCUUCUUUUCUUUUUUUUUCAGCUUCUUUUCUGAUUGGCCUCUCUCUCCUUGAGGACCUGCCCUCCAGCGCCACCAUCCUGUCCCCAGAGACGGAGUGCUUCUCUGUAGCUGGGAACCACCAGACACCAAAACAUUCUUUCUCUGGUCUCUGAGGCUCCCUUGCUCCACAGAGAGGCUCCUUACAGGUGCUAGCCCAUAAGAUAGCUCUUCCCAGCAAAACAUCCCCCUUUCAUAACUCUUUCCACCCCAUAUCAUUUCCCAUUAAUAUUAUACAUUGUAUACACAGGAAGUAUGUUACUUUUUUUAAAAUUUCAUAACCAGUCUGUUUAGAUUUCAGUCCUCCUACCUGUAUCAUAUAUGCCUUUUGUUGAUAUGUUCUUUCUGCUUUCUUUAGACUUAUGUUUGACCCGGGUGGGAGGUGUGGAGGAACAGCACAGGUGAGGAUCCCCACACCCCACUACAACUUAAGUCUUCACCCCUCUGUAAGCACAGAACUGAAUUGUCUGUAUCUGCACAGAUGGCUGUGCAUAGACAUAAAUCCCCACCCACCUGCCCACCCCAGGUGGUGACCCAGCAGGCAUGAGCAUAGGUGACUGCUGGCCAACAUUCCCACCCUCUGUACCAGUUCAAUUCUUUUUUGGGGUAAAAUCCUACCUGAAGAUGAGAAAAGCCUGCGGGGGGCAGGUUAAGGCAGCUUAUGUCCUUUGUAGAUGCAAGUAUGCAUUGUAACUACUAAGGCUUAUUUUAUUUUGUAAAUGGGGGGUGGGGGCAAUACCACAGAGAUAUCUUACCCGAGCCGCUGGUGACUGGUGUUUUAGCUGUAAGUGGCCGUGACCACUAGUGUCAUUGACUUUACCUUAGGGCAGUGGUUCUCAGAAAACGGUCCAGGACCACCAGCAGAGCAGCAUCACCUGGACCUUGCUAGAAAUGCACAUUCUCACCCCAUCCCAGACCUCCUGAAUCACAAAUGCUGGGGGUGGGUUUUAACAAGCACUCCAAGUGCUUCUAAUGCACACUAAUGUUUGUGAACCACUGCCUUAGGGACAAGCUAGGAUCUUACAAGGAGUUGAGGAUUCUUUAAAUACCAUCCGCUGCCUUAGGACUAAUAUAUUUUUCCAUUUCUUCCAGUCCCUCCCUUCAUAUCAUUAAGACAACCACCACAUCACUCAUCUCAGAUUCUAGGUUUGUCUUCUUUCGAGUCUUAUCUCUAAAACUUGUUCCUGUGUCGGUCUGGACAGUUCUCCAUGUUCCCCUGCAGACUGGUCACUCAUGUCUUGGUUAUAUUAAGGACCAGCCGGAGCUUUAGCUGCCCCAUUCCACAGACAGAGACGAACACACACACACACACACACGCACACGCACACACACGCACACACGCACACGCACACACACACACACCCUUACAGGCAAGGAGGAGAUAAGCCUCCAGCCCAUAGUGGAGGCUGCUGCAUCCUCAUAUAUUAUCUGUGAAGAAAGCAGUGUGUAUUUCUGAUUAUAUUUCUGUUCAUCUAUAUAUUUUUGACAUGUAGCAACACCUCUCCAUCUCAUCAAGGAACUCUAUGUGCCCUGGGUCUCCCCAGGCUCCAGUGGUGGAUCCUGACAGGUGGGAGGACACAGUGCUACAGGCUCUUUUGUUACAAGCCCAGCAUCCCCCUUGCUGCCCCCCAGCCAGCAUGACCCCUGUGAGCAGGCUCUCACAACCUCUCGGGCGGGCUGAGGCAGGGGCUUUCCGCUCUUCCCCCUAACGGCCUUCCUUCCUUCUUCCUUGCCACUUAGCAGUUAUCCCCCAGCCAUGCCUUCUCCCUCCCUCCCUUGCCAGCCCUGACAUAUAUUGUGCCUUAUUUAUGCUGCAAAUAUAACAUUAAACUAUCGAGAGAACCACU